AUGUCGCCAAACAAAGCUACCGCCAAGGACGAAGAAAAGGCAGAUCCUCCACAGAGAAUAUCAAAGGAAAUAAGCAUUCUCCUUCGUUGGCGCAAACUGGUUGAUGAUUGCAAAUCUACUGCCGGAUCUGCCAACAAGCCCGAACGCACUACCUUGCUCCCACAGCUUGAUGAAAGAAUGAACGAAAUCAACGAUAAAUUGGACGGACAGGAGGAUAAGAUCGGAGCUAUAAUUGAAUAUCCCUUAGGUGGAGACAAAGAAGCGGACAGAAUCAAGUUAUUCUUCUGUGCACAAUGUAUUCUAUCAACGGAAAUACGAGAAAAUUGGAGGAUUAUUUGGGCCAUUGACUAUUUGAAUUGGUUAGCUGGCCAAGACGUCACUGAUAACGAUCUCCUAUCGUAUGAGGAAGGAUUUAGGGAAGAUGAAAGAUGGCCUAUCUGUUAUCUCAUUAAGGAGACUGAGAAAACGGCUACACGGUGCAAAAAAGAGGAUAAAAUCCUUGAUUUUGAAAGGUGGCUACAUCAGCAGUCAAUUUUUUGUGGACAUAUCGCGUUCAAGCUUGAGUCUCUAUACGGCUAUCUCGUCAAAACUCACUGGAGAGCCGAAACUGAUGAAGAAAAGGAAGGAUUGAUUGCGAAAUUCGGCCAGGUAGGAGGACUGCUUUUUGAUGAGGCGGCCCGAGCAAAUAGAGGAGAACUGAGCAAUAUUGCGUUGAGAUCGAGGGAAAGGUCUGACGGAAAAAUUGCUGCGACGUCAUCUGAGAUUAUUUUUGAGAUAUCCAAACGAAUCGAACCCAGUGGUGUGUUGUCGUGGAAACUCUGCUUACCUCCCGGGUUUUUGGAGUGUUGUUCACCUUCUCUUGGUCUAUAA